UCUCUGAUCCUCUUGUAAAACACAGACCAGUCGUGUUUCAUCUGCCAGGCGCACGCUACCGUAUCCGCUCCCAUCCCCCCAUGGCCACCACUUACCUCUCAAGCUUCCACGCCAUCCAUGCCGUCGCCGCCACGGCCACCACCAGCAACAGCGCCGGCGGAGUCCUCUCACCACGGCCAAGGCCAAGCAGACUCAUCACAUGCCAAGCCUCAGAGCAGUCCAGCCGGCGAUCAGCCUGCCUUAGCAUCGGCCUCGGCCUAGCCACCGCAGCCGUGCUCCACACUUCGCCGGCCCAUGCCGCCGACAACACCGACGAAGACCCGGAGCCGGCCAACAACGGCUGGUGGCUCACCGAGUUCCCCUUGCCGGUGCCCAAGAUCCGCAACAAGGAGAUCAACAACGACGAGACGGGGACGCGGUCCUUCGUAAAGAACGGCAUCUACAUGGCGGACAUCGGGCCGAGCUUCGCUGCGCACGCCUACAGGCUGCGCAGCAACGCCUUCGACCUGCUGGCGCUGGAGGACCUGCUGGGCAAGGACGCCUCCAACUACGUCAACAAGUACCUCCGCCUCAAGUCCACCUUCAUGUACUACGACUUCGACAAGCUCAUCACCGCCGCAGACGCCGACAGCAAGCCGCCCCUCAUAGACCUCGCCAACCGCCUCUUCGACAGCUUCGAGAGGCUGCAGUCAGCUGUUACGUCCAAGGAGGACGAUGCCAUUGGCUCCCGCUAUGCAGACACCAAGGUCAUCCUCCAGGAGCUCAUGACAAGAAUGGCAUAGUGUAUUGUAGUAGUAGACAAGAAGGGACUGAAUGCUCUGUAAAUUCUACUGUAUACAUUGGGUCAUCUUAUUAAAAAUGUUCUCUACAGAGAAACACCAGGUUUGAUAGUCUUGAACAAUACGUAGAUAGAGAUACCAAACAAGGAACUGGAUGCUCCAUAAACUCGUGUUAAAAGAUCUACUGCACAGAUGUAAUGUACAUUUGGAGAUCUUGCUGUAA